AGACCAUUAUACUGUAGAAGUGCCAUUACCGCGGCUGGCCUUCCAGACGUUACCCCAUGAGAUCAAGGAGGGCAAGGCGUUGCAGGUGUACCCGGUGCUCUUCAACGUGGGAAUCAACGAACAGCAGACAAUAGCAGACAGAUUCGGAGACAUCUCUUUGCAAGAGAGGAUAAACCAGAGGAACUUUGAGAUUUUAGACAGUUAUUACAAAUCGUUAAGCGAUAAGGUGCCAACAGAAUGUCUGCCAUUUUUUGAAACGCAGACGGACUUGAAAGAUUUGCUUGGAACCCUUGGCCAGAAUGUAGUGACAAAGAAGAGAAAGAAUGUGGAGAUACUGUGGCUCGCUGGAACGAUCUGCCGACGGCUGAACGGGAUCAGGUUCACCAGCUGUAAAAGUGCCAAAGACAGGACGUCGAUGUCUGUAACCCUGGAGCAGUGUGCCCUGCUGAGAGACGAGCACCAGCUCAACAAGGAUUACUUCAUACGAGCCCUGGACUGCAUGCGGAGGGAGGGAUGUCGGAUUGAGAAUGUGCAAAAGAAUAUUAAAUGCCGGAAGUAUGCCUUCAACAUGCUGCAGCUGAUGGCAUUCCCCAAGAUCUACCGGCCGCCGGAGGGGACCUAUGGGAAGGUUGACUCCUGAACCCAGCCUAUAUAUAGAAAAUAAGAUGGUUACGUCCUGAUUCUCCACCCUCCACAGGGAGUAUGCAUGUGCACACUUUGGGAGAAGUGUGGGGAAUAGGACAGCAGGUGUAAAAUCUAAUCCAAGCAGUAAAUAUAGUAGUAAUAUAAAUAUACUGUAUAGCCAUGCACUGCAGGUCCAGAUGUAAAGAAAACAACAACAACAAAAAGUAGUUGUAGGUGUUUCUGAUAUUGGCCAUGUUAUGCAAUGUUGCUGGGACACAGUGUUUUUUGUAUGAGUUUUAAGUUAGGCCAUAUCUCUCUGUUCAGGCAUUUCUUUGACAUUUCUACUUCGUUGAGUCAUCGUUUGUAAUAUCUGCCAAAUGUGUCGCUUGCCAAUUGAGCGUACUUUCUCACACCCAUGCUCGGUUUCUGAAAUGCCUUAAAGGUUAGUCACAUUGGCACAAAUAAACACAGUAACCCAUUUGUGUCAGACAACAUAGCUUGAAGGAAGCCUUGGCCUUGAAAAGGUUUUAUAAGUUAGAGAAAAAGCUGAACAAACUCUCAUGUUUAGCUUGUUGUUCAUGUUCCCCCAGGUCUCUUUGUAGAAGGAUGUAAGUCUGUCUGUCCCUUAAGGAGCCUGAGAGAGAACAAGCUGUAGCUUCCUUUAAAUAUCAUUUCACUCCAUGAAUAUGUUCUCCUUUCAUUAUCAAUCAUGGUUGCUUUUGAGACUUUAUUUUUAUUUUUUAUGUUACAAUAAUAAACUCAAUCGUAAUGUGUUUCACAAAAUAUGUUGAAUUGCUGCCAUAUCUAUCACAUGCUGUAUAUAACUUCACUUUUUAUUUAAAAUUUGUAUUUUCCUUUAUUUUCCCUCCACAAUUAUUCAAUUGGAAACCAAACCAUAACCCCUUUGUAUCAUAAUAUUUAUUUUUAUAUCCUUUUUUAAAUAGUUUUUUAAUGCUUUAUUCAGGGUCACUGUCUUGGAUUCAAAAGCAACCAAGGCUCUUCCUGUAUGGUAAAUAUCUUUCCGUUUGUGCUUUGCAAUGUGUUGCAUUCCUAUUAUUUUUAUUAAAAUAAAUUUGACUAAAUUGCUUGUGA